CCCCGCGAGGCCUGGCGGAGGGCAGGGCCUGGGACUGUGGCGGGUGGGAGGUUGCGCUCUGCCGGUGGCAGUGCCCGGGGUACCCCAAGGGAGCCAGCUGCGCCCCGGGGAUGCCCGUGGGGAGCAGGAGCCGUCGCUGAGCCCGUCCGUGCCUGCCGCGGCGAGGCGGCGCCCCCAGGAUGGGCGGCAGAAGACAUGAAUCCGUCCUGUACCCUGCCCUCACCUUCGCCAGCCUGGCGGCGGUCAUUUCAGCUAACACAGGCUUUUCUAUAUCCAUUUAUGAUGUGACAUCAAGAAGUAUUUAUCUCAGAUGGCUGAAGUUUUCAGGAGCUGUUUCUUACAGGGUAACAGCAAGCCCUGUGAACGUAGUGGGCCAUUCUGUAAUGGCUCAUUUCAGUGAUGUUACUCUUAUAGGCAUCCUAACUCCACUAACCCCCAAUACUAUCCACACUGUGGAAGUGGAAGCAAUUGAUGAGAAUGGAAUUAUCCUGGCUGAAGCACAGACUAUGCAGUUAACAGCUCCUGAGAUGCCCAUUAUUGAUCAAGCUUAUUCAAAACUGAGCAACAGUAUCACAGUGGAAUGGACAGCUGUCCCUGGGGCUACCAGUUAUCUGCUAACUGCACAAGAUGGGGAGUCUUUUAUUGAAACAAUUAUCACAAAUUCCCCAGGCACAGUGACAGGGUUGAAGGCUGCUACACUGUACAAAAUUACCAUCAGAUCUAUAAACUCUGGAGGAAAGAGCCAGCCUUCACCUUCAAGAAAGGCAAAGACAGUCCUGGCUGCUCCAGUUCUGUCUGCAAGUUCCCCAAGUUAUGACUCCAUCGUGGUGAGCUGGGGAGCUGUACAUAUGGCAGUUGGAUUCUCUGUGUCCAUAAUGAGAUCAGAUGGCUUGGGCAAUAUGGUGAAAGAGAAUACUACCAAUACCUCGUUGGUGUUUACCAGUCUAGAUUCAGGAACUCUCUAUACCAUCAAAGCUCAUGCCUGGAAUGUCAAUGGAAUACCUGGAGAUGAUUUCAUAUACAACCAAAGAACAAGUCCUCAAGCACCAGCAGAUGUUCAAGUAGUUUUUGAUAGUGGAGCUCUGAAGGCCAUUAUUUCUUGGACUCCAACAGAGGGAACCUUAAAUUAUAGUGUGACGGCCUCCAACAGAGCCUCCAAACUGAAUUGUGUCACAUCCUCCACUUCCUGCUCCAUUGCCUCCCUCCAUUGUGGAUCCGUGUACUCUAUUUGUGUCAUAGCAAGCAAUCAUGCUGGGUCCAGUAAGCCUACAGAUUCAGUGAGCCUUAAAACUGUCCCUUGUGCACCAGGAAGUAUAACAAUUGAAGAGGAAGAUCCUGGUAACCUGUCAGUGUCCUGGUCUAAUGUAGAUCUUGGUGAAUAUUAUGUGGUUUUUGUGAAAAGUGAUGAUGGCUUGGAGGUACAUUGCAACACAUCCCAUACCCAGUGCCACUUCCAGUCAGACUGCGGUUUCAUGUAUUUCAUUAGUGUUUUUGCAUACAACAAAGCAGGGCAGAGUCCCUCAGGUGAAGUACUCAAUUAUACUACUGCACCGUGUUGCCCUAGUGACAUUCAUCCAGUGUUUGUGUCCAGCGAUACAAUUGAGAUUGUUUGGUCUCCUGUCCGUGGUGCUGAAAUGUAUGAAACAAAAGCUGUUGAUUGGACUGGUGUGGUACUUUGUAACGACACUGCUACAGUUUGCACUCUGUCUUCACUGCAGUGUAACACCCAAUAUAACAUCACUGUUUAUUCUUUCAGUGAAAUCAGGGGUAGCAACACAUCCUGUGCAUCUAAAUGUGUGUUAACAGCCCCAUGCAGUCCUGAAAUAACAAAUAUCUCAAAGGAUGCGCUUUCCAUAAUUAGCGUGUACUGGCAGUCAAAUAACGAUGAAGCUACAUAUAUUGUAACUGCCAGAGGAGAGGCUGGAUUGUGGCAUUGCACUAGUUCUGGGAAUUCCUGCUCCAUAACAAAUCUUCCCUGUGGAUCAGUCUUCUUUGUUAGUGUUGUGGCAAGUACAACAGUAGGACAAAGCUUACCUAGCUACAGCAUCCCUUUCGAAACCGCUCCUUGUUGCCCUAAUGAUCUGACAUUAACUCAACUGACGCAAUCUGUAACAAAUAUCAGCUGGUCUGCUGGGACUGGUGCACAGACAUAUGUAACAGUACUGGAAUCACCAAAAGGAUGGGCCAGGUGCCACACUCUCCAAAACCAGUGUCUCCUGGGAUGCAUCACAUGUGGCACCAACUAUACAGUGUCUCUGAAAGCAAUUAGUGAAACUGGCUUGACAUCAGACUGCACGUAUCAAGGCUAUUCUUCCAGUGCUUGCUGUCCUUUUGGAGUGAAAUUAUAUAGAUUGGGCAAUAAUGGUAUCCGAAUAUACUGGAGGGCUUCUACAGGACUGAUAAACUAUACUACACAUCUAUAUGGAUCAAAAGGCAAUUUCACCUGUACCCCUAAGUCUGGUUUGAGGUUUUGUGAUGUCACUGAGAUACCUUGUGGGGAUAUCUAUACUGUGAUGGUAUCUCCAAUUACUGAUAAGGGAACAAAGCCUCCAUUCUGUCCUAAAAAGAUAUACUCAGUGACAUGCUCUGGAAGUUCCGUUGGAAUGGUGAUUUAUAGAGGAAAGAGAAGUGCAGAAUAGCAUCAUUUUAGAUGGAGAUAAACAGAAUAGGAUUAUGGACGACUUACAUGGGCACCUGAAAUCACCAAUGGAGGUCGCUUAUACAAAGCAGCCAAACGAAACAUCAGACACUUCAUGUCAUUUCUUAAAAUGUACCAAAAAUACUGAUGUUUCUUAAUGAAAGUGGUUUUUAUUCACUUUUGCAGAAUUCUCUAAGAAAUGCUUGAAAAUAACUGAAUUAUAGUGCUUAAUAGUAAAGUUAUUUUCUAUUUAGAGUUUGAAAAGUUGGAAACAGAUAAAUAUUUCAUUUACAGUUCCCCCCCCCCCCCUUCAAAAGCUAUUGUGAUAGAGUCUCUCACUUGUAGAGGUAACAGUAUUUUCGAACGCGGUUGCCUAGAUUUAACCAAGUCCCGAGGUUGAUUUUUCAGGUUUCCACUCAAACCAGGACAGAACUUGGGCCAUAGUUUGUUUCAUGCACAUCUGAUAAUACUAUACUCUGAUGUGCAUUUUAAAUUGAGUUUCAUAAUAAACUGUUUACUUCUGGAAUUCAGUAAAAAGGUGUUGGCUGUGUCUCAGCGUGCUAUUACAAUUUUUAUUCUGUGAGCAAAGAUGCUUUUAAAUUUUCCUUGAGGUGCAUUUGUUGAGGAAGGAAUACAUGACAUUCUUGCAUAGAAUACCUGCAGAGAAGCCAAGAAAAAUUAAAAGGAACUUUGUAGUUUCCUCUGAAUUCUUCAAAGGGUCAAGGCCGUGUUUGUUUUCUCCCCAAACAGGAUGAAAUAGUGAAAUUUAGACACAGAACCCCACAUGUAUGGAAAUCAGGUGAAAGCUAGGUCCAUCCUAAUACAGGUCACAUACCUCUACAGAUGAUCCUGUGGGUCCAGCUCCCCUUCAAUGAAGGUUAGAGGAUGUAGUCUGGACAUGGCACAGCCCAGGUAUUUAACUUAAAAUAAGUAACCAUAUCAAGAUUUAAAAAUACUACUUUGCAUAGGCCAUCUAAUCCUAGGACUUUAAAUCAGAAUUUUUGCCCUGUGACUAAAAAAGGGGCAUAAUUCCUUAUUUCCCAGACUUCUGAGCUGAAACUUGCUUCAGUAUAAAACAUACCAUGUUACAAUGUCACCCCCACAGUACUAUGCCAUGCUGUAAAGAGACACAUGAAAGAUACCUUCAUACAGGGUCAGUUAGCCCAAGUAGCACUGUGAUAAUAGGAUCACAGGGAUGGAAGGGAUCUCAUGAGGCCAUCCAAUCCAAGCCCCCCAUACAAGGUAGGAUCACUUCUGACUAAACAGUUGCAGUCAGGUGUCUGUAUAACCAGCUCUUGAAAACUUCCAAGGUUAGAGAUUCCACAACUUCUCCAAUGCCUGACCACCUAGUCAUAGGAAGUUCCUCCUAAUCAUCAACCUAAACCUAAACGCCCUCUGCUGUAGGCUAAGGCCUUUGCUCCUAGUCCUGUCUUCUAUGGCCGCAGAAAAUAGUACCUCUCCAUCCUUCUUAUAACUGCCCUUUAGGUAUUGGAGCAUUACCAAAACCCAUCUUUUCUCCACACUAAAUCCUAGUUCUUUCAGCCUUUCCUUGUAAGUCAUGUUUCUCAGCCUUUAAUAAUUUUUGUUGCCCUCUGUUGUAACUUUUUCCAUCUGUCCACAUCUGUCUUAAGGUGUGGGGCCCAAAACUGGUUAUGGUACUCCAAGUGAGACUUCACUAGUGCUGAACAGAGCAGAAGAGAAUGACUUCCUUUAAUCAGAAGUGCCACUUCCAAAUCAUACAGCCCAGAAUGUUUUUGUUGGAUUUGUUUUGCAACAGUGCAGUACUGGCCCUUAUUCAGCUUAUGACCUACUGCAACUCCUAGGGCCAUUCCUGCAGUAUUCCCCUAGCUCAGUGUUUCCCAACCAGUGUGCUGUGGCACAAAAGUAUGCCAUCAGAAAUGAAGAGGUGUGCUGCAGAAUUUUGCCAUGGAAUACCUUAACAAGUGUGCUGCGGAAAAAUGUCAUUAAUGUAAGUGGGCUGUGGGCUGGAAUAUGUUGGGAAAUAUUGCCCUAACUGAUCAUUCCCCAGUCUGCAUGAUAUUAUUUCACCCUAAGAGCAGGACUCUGCAGUUGCCCGUGCUGAACUUUAUGCAUGAUUUCAAACCAUUUCUCUAGCUCAUUCAAAUUGCUCUUGAUCCCAGUUCUACCCUCCAGAAUAGCAGCUGGCAACCUUAAAAACCUGAACACUGUACCAACUCAGUCUGGGUGAAAGGCAGUGGGGCAGGAAGUCCCAGAUACUGCCAGCACUUCCUUUGCAGUGGCAUGGGAAGGUCAUGUGCAGCCAGCCCUUUUUCCUUGCAGCUGCAUGGGAAAAUAACUGCUGCUGAGUCCCCACCAUCAUGGAACCCCCAUGUCCACAAGCCCAGUCAAAUGGCUUUGCAGGCUUGAUCUGGCCCAUGGUCACAUAUUGCCAACCCCUACUCCAAAAUGUCCUCAACUCAACCCAAUCUGGCAUUAUCUACAAAUUUGCUAAACAUGCACUGAAUUCAUCCUCCAAAUCAUUUGUGGUGUUAAAUAAUACUGACCCAGGACAGACGCUUGGGGAACAGUACUUGGGAGGAAGAAUACCUCCUCCCAAGCAAACACUGAACCAUUGAUGACUACGCAUUGAGUGCUAUGAUCCAACCAGUUAUGCAUCCAUUUUACAAUACUUUCAGCUAGUCUGUAUUUCAAAGCCUUGCUAACAUCAAGGUACUUCACAACCACCACACCACCUCCAUCAUUCAUUCAUCUAUGAAUCUAUAUCCCUGCGCUCUUUCCUGCCCAGGACAGGGGGUUGGAUUCUAUGAUCUACUGAGGUUCCUUCCGACCCAAACAUCUAUGAAUCCACAAAGCAUAUAAUCUUGUAGAAGGAAAUUGGGUUCAGCAGGCAUGACUUGGUGAAUCCAUAUAGGCUAUUCCCAAUCACCUUGUUCUCUUCCAGGUGUUUAGAAAUAGGCUGUUCCACUACUCCAGGUUGUUUACCUCCUUCCUCAUCUUUGCUGGCACCUGCGCUUGUCAUUCAGUAGCUCACUUUAUUCAUGAAGUAAAAAAAGGCAUCCAAUACUUUAGCCUCAUUAGUAACUAGAUUGCCUUCUGCAUUCAUUUGUGGACCUACACUUUCUUUGGUCUAACUCUUACUUCUGACAUAAUUCUAGAGUCCUUUUGAAUUGCCUUUUCCAGUGGCAUCUCAAAUUGUGCCUUUGACUUAUUUCCUGCAGACCCAUGCAAUAAUACCCUCUGUUACACUUCCCAUUCUUGCUUCUGCACCUCCUUAGGUGCAGCUAAUUCUCCUGGCCACCUUUUCCUGUCAGACUUACAGCUCAGAGCUCCCCAAGUGUAAUAAAAUCUGCUUUUCUGAAGUUCAGUUCCUUUUAAGAUGUCAAUCAUUUUAUGGUUAUUGUCACCCAAGUCACCCUCUACUUUCACAUCCUCAACCAACUCCUUGUCUGUGACCAGUAUGUUAAGAGCUUCACCCCUACUUAGCCUCUCUACUAUCUGUACAAAAAGUUAUUCCCAGUAAGAACAUACUAGACUGCCUGGGCAAAACAAUUAUACUAUUCCUGGUACCCAAGCUAGCUUGCAUCUCCAUACAUGACACUAAGGGUGCCAAGGCCUACAUUACUCAACAUUAACAGUAUGUGUCCUCUCUCUACAAGUCUUGUGUCUGACCCCCUAGUCCGCAAUACCCAAUUUUUCAAAGCACUGGUAUAGAUCUGCAUAACAUACGUCCUCUCAUUUCCGGUAUAUUUUCUUAUUCAGGAAAACAUUCAACAUUAAACACUGGCAUCUGAAUCAGUACCUCCUGAGCUGGCUGAAAAAGCUGGCAGGUCAGUUAUUUCAGGCUCUUUACAGACAUAAGCUGAUACUUCUGCCCAGGUCAUAUUGGUUUAUUUUAAAUAUAGACUAUAGAAAAUAAUGGAUAAGUCUGUCCAUGCCAUUCCAACCCUUCUAUGAUCAUAAAACACAAGUUUCAUAUUCAUCCUGUAUUUCAGAUUGUUAGGGUGUCAUCCAAAAACAGUAUUUAGCCAUGUUAGUGACAUUACCAUUUACUUGAGUUUGACUACUUUUUCACCUUUGCUAUAAAAGAUCUGCAAGUCUACAUAUUUUUUCUUUCUAGGUUAUUAUUAAUAGUAGGCUACAUUAUUAUUUUUGCUUCAAGAGCAUGAGGUCGUCUGAACAUCACAAAAUAUACCACUACAGACAGCUAUAGGUACAUACUCUAAACACCCAAAGUAGAAGUGAAUGCCUUAAGGAUAGUCCUUAAUAAAAAUCAAUUGAAUUAAACUGAAUCAAAACUUAACUAGCUGCAUAAGACUUGCAUUUCUUAAUUACCUGGUAGAAGCCUGCAUUAAUUCAAGAUUUUUUAACAUGAACGAAAGAGCUAAUUUUAAUUAGCAUUAAAUAUUGAACAGGUGAAUAGGUGCAAGGCUAACUUUACUAAAAUAAAUAAAUAAAUAAAUAAAUCACAGUUGUAAGGAGAGGAGGUAUCUACCAAUAUUCACAUAGUGACAACAUUACAACUACAUAGUAAAAAUUCAAUUUUUGCCUUCACUGGAUUAGGAAGCAACCCAUGGUUCUUAGAAAAUUUAAUUAAGACUGAAAUUUUGUUUUUAAAUUUAAAAGGUUUCAAUCAGUAAAAUACUUGCUCUUUUUUUAAAAAAAGAGCAAAAGACAUGAGGUCAAAUGCUUCUUUUGUCAGUGUGAAUCUAAACUCAUUUCACCUUUCUGGCUCAUGCCUUUCACGUACAAAACAUCAAUAAUCUCUUCAGUUGAGCAUAGGUAGUGUUAGCAAGUCAGACUGGGAUGUUUACCCGACAGUUUAACCAUCUAAUUGAGUUCCCUUUGAUAACUGCAGCCUGUACAGUUUUAUGCACAUAAAGAUCUAUAAAUGCUUAACAUCAGUUAGUUGUAAAUUCCUGCAUACAUUACCUAAAUCUCAAAUGGAAAGAUUCUGUACGAUUACAGAAGCCUCAUUGUGGCCCUGGUGUGAUGUGUAGAAUACUGCCAUGCAUGGGUACAAAUCAACAGGGGAUUGCUUAUUGCUUGAAUAUAGAGCAUCACAAUUUUUUCUCAUCCCCAAAUGCCACUUACAGCAUGUUAAGACUCUACUGCACAUUUACAAUAGCAAUUAUGCUGUAUCUCUGUUAAUACUUUGAUUGUGUUACAGUCUGGAAAAAAUCUGAAAACCAUCUUGUUUACAAGUGUUUUGUCAUUACAGUAUUUUAUACAUAGCUUCUGCUUGUAACAGCAAGUCAGAAAUCCCCAUAAAGCUAGUCAGCUAAACUACUCUGGAACACAGAGAAAUCUGGUAACACCAGAAAAAUGGAGUUAUAAUGAACCUGACAUUUGAGAGCAGUAGCUACCGCACAUUGGGUGGAACACCACCCAAAGCCAGAAAGCCACAUGCCAUUUAUACGAUUUAGUUUCAUUGUAGUUAAUGCCAUUAGAUUACAUUUGUCUUUUUAAAACAUGAUACAAAGGUUUAAAAUAAAAUUUUAGAAAUACUCCAUUUCAGAUGUUUUUCAGCUUCAUGGUGCAGUAGCAAGAUUGAUCAAACAACGUGGUAGGAGUUAGACUUAUAAAAUGUAUAUCUAAUCAAAACAGCCAGGACACUAAGUCUACCUGAUGAAUCUGCACCUUGCUACUGCUUAAUCUAUUAAUGUCAUGAGUUAAUACAAUUGUUUUCAUAUAGUCAGAAGCUGACAUUAAGAAUAAAGGAUGAUGCACUGCUUUA